AGGGAUACAGCGGAACAUCCGCCCCCCUGAGGGAUUAUUUUCGUCUCUGCAUGUUUCGCUUCCUCGUAGUUGGCAAUGUCCACAUGGGAGACUAUUAGCACGGCACGGUUGAAUAGAAAAAAAGCAGAGCAGAAGUGAAGCCUAAACGAUUGGUUUGCGACAUAUUCGGCGCAAUGCCUCCUUGACCGCUGCGUCUAGUCAACAGCAAUUGUCGGCGGGUGUUUGUUGUUUUCGUACACAACAGUACGUAGAGGUGUCAGUGUGGAGGCGGCGAACUGUAGACAUAUCGAUGAUGUCGAUGAACACUUUACAGAGAAAUGUUGAUGUUUCUGUUGCAGAAAAAUCGGCGUGUUCAGUUUUCGUUGGAAAUAUUCCUUACGAUGCAACUGAGGAACAACUUAAAGCGAUCUUCGAGGAGGUUGGACCGGUCGUCAACUUCAGGUUGGUCUAUGAUCGUGAGACCGGAAAACCAAAGGGAUAUGGGUUUUGUGAAUUUAAAGAUCAGGAGACAGCCAUGUCCGCUAUGCGAAAUCUGAACGCAUUUGAAAUUGGCGGGCGAGCAUUACGUGUUGACCAUGCAGCUUCAGAAAGAAACAAGGAAGAACUUAAAGCACUGUACGCUCAAUAUGGCGGUCCACCAGCGGAACCAAUGUACGGGGAGGAAAUGGACAAUGACAAAGCGCCCGAGGCGAUCUCAAAGGCUGUUGCUUCGUUGCCCCCCGAGCAAAUGUUUCAGCUGAUGCGACAGAUGAAAACUUGUAUUCAGAACAAUCCGAGCGAAGCGCGCAAUCUUCUCCUUCAAAAUCCUCAGUUAGCGUAUGCUCUGCUACAGGCCCAGGUCAUCAUGAAAAUCGUCGAUCCACAGGUUGCGCUGAGUAUCCUUUACCGCCAAAAUCCUGUUCUAAAUACCUUGCACGAGGCGGGGCCAGCAACAGCCCCGGCGCAACCUCCCACACUUGCAGCUCCACCGCCUUUGCAGCCCCCGCCAUUACAGGCACCGCCUAUGCUUGCACAGAGUAUGCAACCCGCUGUACCGAUGAUGCCGAUGGGAGCAUUUGCUGGACCUCCGUCAGGUCCACCCGGAGGCGAUCCCAGCUUCCGUGGGGGACCGCCAGCACAUCCCCCGCACUCUACGGUAGGACGUUUUGACCCACGUGGUGAUAGGGACCUACGAGAUCGUGAAGGUGGACGCGGCGACCGAGACCUUAGGAUGCCCCCUUCAAUGGAUCAGGAUCUGCGAGGGCCACCCCCAGCUGCCGCUGCUGGAGGUAACUAUAGACCCGGUGGAUACGAUCCUCGUAGCCGAGCAGCUGGCACAGGCCCUAAUGCUGGAGGAGACCCCCGAGCAGGCCAAGGCGCCGUUCCAGCCACCGGAGCUUACGGAGGCGACGCCGGCAGGGCUGGCUUUUCAGCGGGGCAAGCAGCGCCCCCUGGAAGAGCCAACCCGCCUCCGCCACCCACUGUACCUUCGGCUAUGCCAGCUGCCGGAACGAAUCCAAAUGAACAGGAGAAAACCAAGCUUAUCAUGCAAGUACUUUCGCUUACCGAAGCUCAGCUUAACGCCCUCCCACCGGAGCAACGAGAAGGCAUUCUCACACUCAAGAAGCAAAUUCAAGGAGGAGGUCGUUAAAGGGUAAUUUAAUCGCGUCAUUUAGA